CGGGCGGUUAAUGAUAGCCUAUCAGAUGCCAUCGCAUCGCACCGGAAAUCCCGAACAAGCUUUACAGUUUGUGAUAGAGAAACUGUAUACACGCGCUCCAGUGUCGGAGUAAUCGGUGUCUACUCAUGCAUGUCUAAGAUUUCAUCUUUUCUGUAGAAUGCUAUUCUCCUUUUAUCAUGAGUCUGUCGGCGCGAGCAGCGGGCGUACGGUACAGCGCAUGCCUGUAUGUGUUGUUGUGCAGUCUUCUUUAUGAAGGGAACGCUGGGAUGUCCGCCAGCAACGGGGAAGUGGGUUGGAAAGGAACGGAGCCUGCACCGGGCUAUGAGGUGACGUAUCCACGGUGGCUGCCGGCUAAAACCCACCGCCUCCCAACUGGAGAAAAGCAUCCUUCUGAUGUUGAAGUCUGGAUCACAGCGGAGGGUCGGGAUCUUCUCCUUCAACUGCAGAAGAACAAAGAUCUCUUCUCUCCUGCCUUUCGGGAGAUGUGGUACAGUCCCGACGGAACUCACCAGACAAUCGGACGAAACCAUCAGGAUCACUGUUUCUAUCAUGGUCGUGUUGUUGGUUGGGGAGUCUCCAGUGUGGCACUCAGCACCUGCUCUGGCCUCAGGGGUGUGAUCUCACUGAACUCCAGUGUCAGAUACAUCAUCGAGCCGCUGGCCAAUCAGACGGAGCCGUGGGGACACGCCCUCUGUGCUGAGAAGCUGUCAGUAGGAACCUGUCAUCAUCACCAUGGUGAUCAGCGAUACACAGAGCAGCUGACAGAGCUGAUUGGUGGAAUGGCCCAUCCACACCACGUCGGCAGGGAGCGGAGGGACAUCAGUCGGAACAUGAAAUACGUGGAGCUGCUGCUGGUGGCCGACCACGCAGAGUUUGUGAAGCGGGGCCAGGACAGAGAGAAAGUGAAGAUGACACUGAUGGAAGCUGCAAACUAUGUGGACAAGUACUACAAGGCGGUGGGAGUGCGUGUUGCAGUGACGGGUCUGGAGGUGUGGAACUCUGGAGAUCAGAUCGAUGUGUCCGAGAACCCAUUCACCACACUGAGCUCCUUCCUCUCCUGGAGACGGAGAAAGCCGCUCCUGCCCAACGACAACGCCCAGCUCAUCACGUGAGUACCGCACUCACCAAUCACAAGAUUGGCUCCACUGAAGUCCAUGUGUUCCGAGUACCAAUCAGGAGGAGUCAAUUCAGACCACUCUGAGAGUGUGUUUGGGGUGGCUGCUACGCUGGCCCAUGAAUUGGGUCAUAAUUUCGGCAUGAGCCAUGACAGCCCCAGCUGCUGCCGGGAGAACCCAGACCAGGGAGGCUGCAUCAUGGCAGCAGCUACAGGGUGAGUUUACUGCGUAACCAGCGCGAGCUGCAGCAGCCCUGAGCCUGGGGGGGCAAGUAGUUCGUUCAACCCCGACCCUGGAGUCCGCCUGGGGGGGGCGCGCUGUGGCAACGGAUACCUGGAGGAGGGGGAGCAGUGCGACUGCGGAGAGGAGGAGGAGUGUGAGAGCGCCUGCUGCAAUGCUGCCAAUUGCACUCUGAAAGCAGGAGCAGAAUGUGCUCACGGAGUCUGCUGUCACAACUGCAAGCUACGCCGGCCUGGGGAGGUGUGUCGCCCGGCAGCAGGGUCAUGUGACCUGCCAGAGUUCUGUGACGGCACCUCAGAGGCGUGUCCAGAUAACUUCUUCCUAUUGGACGGCUCAGCAUGUGUAGGGGGCGGGGCUUACUGCUACACUGGAAUGUGCCUUACUCUCCAACAGCAGUGUGUGUCACUCUGGGGCCCAGGUGCGCGUGUUGCUCCCGAGGUGUGUUUCACUGAGGUGAACCAGGCUGGAGAUCAGUAUGGAAACUGUGGCAAAGACUUGCAGGGAAAAUACAGGAAGUGCAGUCACAGAGACGCCAUGUGCGGUAAGAUCCAGUGUGUGUCCGGUGCGGAGCGUCCGGUGAGCAGGAACGCCGUGGUCAUCCCCACUACGGUGCUGAGCGGGCCGCACCGCGUCACCUGUAAGGGAACACACGUGUACCAGACCGCAGAGACCAGCGACACCAGCGAGGACACACUGGACCCUGGCCUUGUCAUGACCGGCACCAGAUGUGGAGAAAACGGGAUCUGUUUCUCAGGAGAGUGUCGAAAUGCAUCCUUCCUGAGAGCAGAUGAGUGCAAUGCUAACUGCCACGGGCAUGGGGUGUGUAAUAACAGGCAUCACUGCCACUGUGACUCAGGGUGGGCCCCCCCGUACUGUUCUGCUCCGGGGGAGGGGGGGAGUGUGGACAGCGGCCCCAUCGCCCCACACGGCACUCUACAUCCUGUGGUGUUGCUCCUCCUCCUGAGUGGGCUCGUGGGAUUGGCUGCAGUGGGCGUCUGGUGGUGCUGCAAACACAAACCCCGCCUCCUGAAGACUCCCACCCCUCCAGCGGCUUCAACCGAUCAGCGCUCCUCGGUAUCGAACUCUAAAAGUGAAGCCAGUGGUCAUGCCAACCCAACAUUCCAACUCAGGAAUCCUGAAGCCCAAAACACACCAACGGCUAGUGUCCGUCCAAGCCACACCCCCGGUUCACGGAAUGCUGUCGUCAGGCCAACCACGAAGCCUCCCCCAAUCCCUGCUUAUGCCCGGAACACACACACGAUGAAGAACACACACACACACUCUACACACACAUCACACGCUGGACCAGAUGCCAAUACAACAUACACACCAAAAAUACACACCACAACACCCAGUCUACCAGGCCAC